CACACCUACUACCUUUUCCUAUUGAUUUCUCCGCUUUCUUCUCUCUUCUUCCUCUCUUUUGCAUCUACAAUCUCUCCUGAUCUCUACUCUCUUUCUACAUCGGAAAACGUUUAUUGUAUGGCCGCCAAUUCGCAAAGCCGGGGAAUCGCGAGUUUGGGGAAGCGAUUUGUCAGCCAGAUCCGAAGCUCAUCUGCUCGUGAUUCGUCACUGAAUCUCAGGAGAGGAGUGCAUGUGUCGGUGUACGACAAGAACAUAGACGAGCAGGUGCGUCCAACAUUGGUUCCUGAAGAAGCGAUAACCCGAAAAGAUUCGGAACAGUACUGGGCACCACACCCAAAAACUGGGGUUUUUGGGCCGGUGGAUGAGGGAGACUCCGGUGGUGCAGCUGGAUCUGAGGCGGCAGGAGUUGAUGGUUCGGUGUUGGAGGAGAAGGCCUUCUUCCGUCCAUCGGAGAACUUGGACAAGCCUGUUCACCCUUGAGUACUGAGUGAUAGUCUAAUAUGAAUAUUACUAAUCUGUAUAAGGACUGGUGGUAUGUUGGUUUGUUAUAUAUGUGUGUAGUAAGAAUAAAGGGUGGUAGUGGUGAUGGUGUAAUUCGGUGGUUAUGGUAAGUGGGAUGUGUAACUAGACAUGAGCAUGAAAUUAUGUAUGUAUGUUUAGUUUUCUAUA